AUGGCGUCAUCACUGGAGGAGGUUUCAGGCACACCGGGCAACGAGCUUCCUACCGCGGCACCGCCCACUGAUCACUUCGGAGUAUUCAAAGAUUUUGAUUUCCUGGAGUAUGAGAGCGAAAGCAUAGAGGGAGAAAGUUCAGACAACUUUAAUUGGGGCGUGCGACGAAGACUAUUGAGUGAAGAACGUGACGAGGGCAUUGCACCUGAACGUAGCCCGCCCCCGCAACGCCCACGCCCUCCUGAUUUACAUCCUAAGCAGAGUGGACAUGAAGACUCAUCUGACGAGGAGGGUGGUUGGGAGGAGGGGGGGACGGGUACGCGAGGAGAAGGGGAUGCGGGCGCUCCGCACGAUCUGACGUUGCGCGCGCGCACACAUUCCUUCUCGAGCGCUUCCAGCGGUGAACAAGAUGGUGAUCGUGGUGACAUCACUCCGGUACCUGGCGCCGCGCCCGCCAUGCGCGACGCCUGGCGUGCGUCUGUAGCGGGACUGUUGAGACAAGCGGCACUGUUGCCGCCUCUAGCGCUAGUGCAUCGAAUGCAUACCGCGCUCAAGGUACUAUUAUGUUAG